GGCGGGUGCCGAGGGCGCCCGGUUGGAACUUUCUUCCGCCUCUUGCUGCCGCUUUGAGCCGUACGGCUAGGGUUGGCAUCGUUCCCCUCGCCGAGGAGAAGGUGGACGCUGAACGUGGCCGCAGCGCUUUUCUCGAAAAUCUAAAACAAAUCUAUAUUCAUGAAGAGUGACUGCAUAAAAACCAUAGUAUGCCAAGAAAGAAAAAAAGAUCCAAUUGAAAUGUUUUGCUCUGGACGGCUGGUAAAAGUCUGUGCCCCAAUGGUUCGAUAUUCAAAGUUGGCUUUUAGAACACUAGUAAGAAAAUACAAUUGUGAUCUGUGUUAUACACCAAUGAUAGUUGCUGCUGAUUUUGUCAGAUCUCUAAAAGCCAGGGACAGUGAAUUUACCACAAACCAAGGUGAUUGCCCACUGAUUGUUCAGUUUGCUGCUAAUGAUGCAAGACUUUUAUCUGAUGCUGCUCGUAUAGUCUAUCCUUAUGCGAAUGGAAUAGACAUUAACUGUGGUUGCCCUCAGAGGUGGGCAAUGGCAGAAGGUUAUGGGGCUUGCUUAAUAAAUAAGCCAGAGCUUAUUCAAGAUAUGGUGAAACAAGUAAGAAAUGAAGUGGAAAACCCCAGAUUUUCAAUAUCUAUUAAAAUAAGGAUUCAUGAUGACCUUACGAGAACUGUAGAUCUUUGUCGAAAGGCCGAAGCAACUGGAGUUUCUUGGAUUACAGUCCAUGGAAGAACUGUUGAAGAAAGACAUCAGCCAGUCCACUAUGAUGCCAUUAAAAUAAUUAAAGAAAAUAUGUCUAUACCUGUCAUUGCUAAUGGAGACAUCAGAACCUUAAAAGAAGCAGAAAAUGUGUGGCAAAUUACUGGGACAAAUGGUGUGAUGGUUGCAAGAGGACUCUUAGCAAACCCGGCCAUGUUUGAUGGAUAUGAGGAAACCCCACUGAGAUGCAUCUGGGACUGGGUUGACAUUGCUCUUGAACUCGGAACUCCUUAUAUGUGUUUCCAUCAGCAUUUAAUGUACAUGAUGGAAAAGAUAACUUCAAGGCAGGAAAAAAGAAUAUUUAAUGCUUUGUCAAGCACAUCAGCAGUAUUAGAUUACCUUACAAACCAUUAUGGCAUUUGACCCCUUCUUAAAUUAUUUUAAUAGAUACUUCAUUUUAUACUCACAACGAAACCACAUAAUCUUGGUUUUUAUUUUAAAUCAAUGGCUCUCAAACUUUAGUAUAAAAACAGUCCCUGGAGAACAUUUUUAAAAAUCAGUCCUAGACUCCAUUUGCACCACCCAGAGACUCCAGAGACUGUACACCUCAGGUAGAUCUGGUGUGGACCCAGGAAUUUGUAAGUUUAAAGAAGACUCCAGUUCAAACAUCCUGGUCAUCCUGGGUCCAAACAUUGACAAACACUGCUCUGAAUCCUAUUAUGGAUAGAAAAAAAAGGGGGAAAUUUUCAUAAAUCAUGUUUCUAACCUCUUGAAUAAAACCUUUUAACAUUGAGAAAAUAUGACUCAUGGUAUCUAUAAAUUAACAAGAAGUAUAUUUUUAAUGAAAAGUACAGAAAAGUGGUAUAACAAAUGCCAACAUCCAUGUAAAAUGGAAAGGAACAGAAAUUCUGUAUAGGAUUGCGAUCAAGGCUUAGAUUAAAAAUUCAAAUUGGAAAAUCGAACUGGUACUUCCUAACUGAAUUGCAAACCUCAAGAUGUUUGUUUUAAAUUAUAAUGUUAACAGAAUUUAAUUAGACAAGGUGCUUUCUAUGAUUUAAAACUAAGAUUCCAUGAAACUCUUAAAAUGACAUUAAAUUUUUAUAUCUCAAGCUUUCCAUUUUAUUAAAAGAGUGAGAGCUUGAUAAAUAUAACCAUAUCUGAAAUGCUAAAGUUAAUUGCAGUCCCCACAUUUUAAGUAAGAAAGUUUGGUAGAUAAUCCGGAGAUGAUUAUAUACUUGAAAUAAUAUUUCCUGGAGAAUAGUAACCAGGUUUUACUUGUAAUAUAAAAACUUAAUUUUAAAACCCUGCUUUUAGUGAUGUUAUUUUUGUGCCUCCCAGCAAUUGAUAAUAAUUGUAACUUUAAAGUUCCACGAUUUGGAAAUGUUACUAAUAGAAUUUUGUUAUUAGUCAAUGUGCCAUUAUAAGAAUUAAGAAUCCCCAGUUGAAAUAAAACAAUUCCAUAAUUAAUAUAUUGUUUUAUAUUACCAACAUGAAAACUGUUAUGAGACAAUUACCUAAAACUGCUUAAUUCGAGAGUUGGAAUAUUAAAUGAAUCAAUCUUAACAUAAGCGCCGUGCUGCCCUAGUUUUUCUUAAGCACAUUCACAGGGCUUUCACUUUUCAGUUGAUGCAUUUUUAAAAAUAAACUGGAUUUUUCAUUUAAUAUGAAUAAUAUAUAAACAAGAAGCUAUGGACAAAGCUUAGUCGUUUUUAUGUUUGUAAAUUAUCGCUAGAGUUAAUUAUACUAGUGAGCAUAGCAGCAUCAUUAGAGUAAGGUGCACAGUGUUUUGAAGGAACCAGUGUGGAAGGGCAACGAGUUCUAACGUGUUUGAUUUUUUUUGAAAAUUUUGUAUGAUUAUAUUCAAAGUCCUCUUUUUUCUUAUGUAUGUAAUCAAAUAUAUUUGUGAUAAAAUGAAAAAAAGCAUCCCUUUAAAUGUUUUUAUAUUCUCCAAUUCUUUGUAUUUCAACAUGUAAUGUUCCCAAAAUUGUCUCCAGGAGGUUAGUACAUUUAUCUGCAUUCUUGUUAUGUUGUCAAUAUUGAAAAAAAUGUUUUAAUACUUUGAGUGUAUUCACAGAAUUUGAAGACCUGGAAGAUACCAGUAACUCAAAUAAUAUGCCGUACCCCACGCUGUUUUCCUUACUGGUCUCCAAAACAUCAUCUUGAAGUCCACUAGCGUCCUCCCAACUCAUGGGCAAGAACAGAAACAAGAGUUGUGAGACUACAGAUUCUCCUACAUUCUCAGAAAAACAAAAUACUGCAGAACCACCCAAACCCAGCCUGUCUCUAUGUCGUCUUUCAUGACGGUUUCUACUGUAGAGAUACAAAAAUGACAUAUGUAAUAGGAAAGGAAUGGAUUUGCACCAUCCCAUCUAACCCUCCAGCCCCUGCGCCUUUCCUCCUCCCCGUGAAGCUCACUCAGAAAACGUCAGUUAAACCCACCCAAACAGCACUGUUAGAAAUUUAACGCCUGCUCUCCUAAAGAAGUUGCGCUAGAGAGCACCACGGAUCGAAUGUAAAAGUCUGAGUCACGCUCCGACUCCACUACCAAUUAGAAAAGAAUUACUGCCAAUAAACGAGGCCGCGCCGCCUGCGCCCGCAGUCGAGACCGCACCGCCCCCCCC